AUGAAAGGGACGGAGCGCAAAGAGCCUGGAGGUCAACCUUCUGUCCCCUUCAGCCGAGUCCCACGAGGGACAGCGUGUGGAAGUCAGAGGCAAAAGACGACAAUUUAUUCAGUGGUUCAGUCGUCUGUGGCUGUGGGGACCCCGGACUACAUCUCUCCAGAAAUCCUCCAGGCUAUGGAGGAUGGGAAAGGCAAAUAUGGCCCAGAGUGUGACUGGUGGUCCCUGGGGGUCUGCAUGUAUGAGAUGCUGUACGGCGAGACUCCUUUCUAUGCAGAAUCCUUGGUGGAAACCUACGGGAAGAUCAUGAACCACAAGGAGAGAUUCCAGUUCCCACAGCAGAUCACAGAUGUUUCCGAGGAAGCGAAAGAUCUGAUUCGCCGACUCAUUUGCAGCCGAGAGCACCGAUUGGGUCAGAAUGGCAUCGAGGACUUCAAGCAGCACCCCUUCUUCGCAGGCAUCGAUUGGGAUAACAUCCGCAUGUGUGAAGCCCCCUACAUCCCCGAGGUCAGCAGUCCGACAGACACCUCCAACUUCGAUGUGGACGACGACUGUCUCAAGAACUCGGAGACUAUGCCCCCUCCCUCUCACACGGCUUUCUCAGGCCACCACCUGCCCUUUGUAGGUUUCACCUACACAAGUAAAUGCACUCUGUCUGAUCGGGGUUGCCUGCGACAGCUGGGAGGUGAGCCGGGGAAGGCCGGGCAGGACAAGCUGGAUGUCGAAGUGCAGCGUAGCCUGGAGGACAGCCUGGCCACCGAGGCCUACGAGAGAAGGAUUCGCCGCCUGGAGCAGGAGAAGCUAGAGCUGAGCCGCAAACUGCAAGAGUCGACUCAGACGGUGCAGGCGCUGCAGCACACGGGCGAGGGCCCCCUCAGUGCUAACAAGGAGGUGGAGAUCAGGAGCCUGAAAAGCGAGAUCGACAUUCUGAAGAAGCAGAUCGCUGACUCAGGCCAACUGGAGAAGCAGCUGGAGGAUGUGACGCUGGCUCGGAGAGACUUGGAGGACUCGUCCAAACACAUCAAGACUCUUGAGAAACAGAUGAAGAGCGUCACACAGGAACGGGAUGACCUACAGAAGGAUCUCGUGGACGCCAGCGAGAAGUUGAAGUCUCAGUCUAAAGAGCUGAAGGAAGCCCACAGCCAGAGAAAACUGGCCAUGCAGGAGUUUUCAGAGCUGAACGAGAAGCUCACAGACCUCAGGUCGGCGAAGCAGCGCCUGGUUCGUCAGCUGCGUGACAAAGAGGAGGAGAUGGAAAGCCAGAAUCAAAAGGUGGAGGCUCUCCGCCUCGAGGUGCGAAAGGCCGAGAGGGCCAAGAAGGAGAUGGAGGCUCAGGUGGAGGAGCAGGCGGCCGAGGCUCAGAAAGAGAAGAAGCUGAGAGAGCGCAACGAGCAGUACAGCCGACAGCUGCAGGAGGAGCUGGAGGGGCUGAAGGUGAAGCAGGCUGGCUCCUCUGCUGCCCCAGCCCCGGCGGAUCAAACCCAGGAGGUCGGGCGUCUACGUGGAGAAAUGGAGAAGAAAACGAUGUUCUUCGAGGAAGAGUUGGCCCGCAGGGGGGCGCAGUACAGCGCCGAGCUGAAGGCGCUGCGUAAAGAGCUGAGAGACGCCGAGAGCCAACAGCUCAACCUGCAGAAAGAGAUCCUGAUGCUCAAAGACAAACUGGAAAAGACUCGUCGUGAAAGCCAAAGUGAGCGGGAAGAGUUUGAGACCGAGUACAAGCAGGAGUAUGAGCGAGAGCGAGUCCUGCUCACUGAAGAAAACAAGAAGCUGUCCAGUGACCUCGAUAAGCUAACCACCAAGUAUGAGAAGAUGAGCAGCUCCAACAGGCAGCUGGAGGAUGAGAUGAGGGAGCUGGCUGAUAAAAAGGAGAGUGUAGCUCACUGGGAGGCCCAGAUCACAGAAAUCAUCCAAUGGGUGAGUGAUGAGAAAGAUGCUCGGGGCUACCUGCAGGCUCUGGCCACUAAGAUGACAGAAGAGCUGGAGGGGCUGAGAAGCAGCAGCCUGGGAGCGAGAGCCACGGACAUGCCGUGGAAAAUGCGGCGUUUGGCCAAGCUGGACAUGUCUGCACGGCUGGAGCUGCAGUCGGCCCUGGACGCUGAGAUCAGGGCAAAGCAGAGCAUCCAGGACGAGCUGAACAAAGUAAAGGCCAACAACAUUUCCACAGAAUGUAAACUGCAGGAAGUUGAAAGUAAAAACCAGGAACUGCUGACUGAGAUCGAGCGUCUGAAAAAGGAGACGGAGGAGCUGCGGCUACGGCGAGGUGUCAAGCACCAGGAUUCCCAGAAUUCCUUCCUGGCUUUUCUCAACGCCCCCACCUCAGCGCUCGACCAGUUCGAUCACUCGCCGUCCGUCGGCCCGGCUAGCAAAGGCAGACGUGUGGACUCUGUGGAUAACUUCACCCCCUCCAACACUCCGUCUCGGGAAGAUGACCCCAAGUCCCACCUUAAGUCCCGCUCUCGUUCACCUUCCACGGCGAGUGACAUGGAGCCGAUAGAGUUGAUCGAUCACCCUCGCUCAGUUCAGACGCCCACCAUGCGCUCAGGAGGUUAUGGCAGUAUCGGGCGCUCCUCGCCUAAGCCCAAAGCACAUCAGUUUGUAGUGAAGACAUUCAACACACCCACCAAGUGUAACCAGUGCACCUCUCUGAUGGUCGGGCUCAUCCGUCAAGGCUGCACGUGCGAAGUAUGCAACUUUUCCUGCCAUGUAACGUGUGCGGACAAAGCUCCAGCUGUGUGCCCCGUGCCGCAGGACCAGACCAAGGGCCCGCUGGGCAUCGACCCUCAGAGGGGGAUCGGUACUGCUUACGAAGGACACGUCAGGGUGCCCAAACCAACCGGGGUGAAAAAGGGUUGGCAGAGGGCGAUGGCGGUGGUCUGCGACUUUAAAUUGUUCCUCUAUGAACUGGGAGAAGGAAAAGCAACACAGCCAAGUGUGGUAGUCAGUCAAGUCAUAGACAUGAGGGACGAAGAGUUUUCAGUCAGCUCAGUCCUGGCCUCUGAUGUCAUCCACGCCAGCCGCAAGGACAUCCCCUGUAUAUUCAGAGUGACGGCGUCCCAGCUGUCCCCCUCCAGCAGCCACAAGCCCUCCAUCCUGAUCCUGGCCGACAGCGACCAGGAGAGGACCAAGUGGGUGGGCCUCCUCAACGAGCUCCACCGCAUCCUGAAGAGGAACAAGCUCAAGGAGCGCUUCGUCUACGUCCCCAAGGAGGCGUACGACAGCACGCUGCCCCUCAUCAAGACGACGCAGUCUGCUGCUAUCAUAGAUCACGAGCGCGUCGCCCUGGGCAACGAGGAAGGCCUUUUUGUCAUCCAUGUCACCAAAGAUGAGAUAAUCCGGGUGGGGGACAACAAAAAGGUGCACCACAUUGACCUGAUGCUGCAGGAGCAGCUGCUGGCGGUCAUCUCCGGCAGGAACCGCCACGUCCGCCUCUUCCCCUCGCAGGCCCUGGACGGGCGCGAGACCGAGUUCUACAAGCUGGCAGAGACGAAAGGCUGCCAGACCGUCGUGUCGGGGCCGGUCCGCAACGGCUCGGUCACCUGCCUCUGCGUGGCCAUGAAGAACAAAAUCAUCUGUUACGAGGUCAAUAAGAGUAAAAUGCGUCACCGCCGGCUGCGGGAGCUGCAGGCGCCGGGGCCGGUUCAGUGGAUGGGUCUGCUCGGCGAGCGUCUCUAUGUGGGCUAUCCGUCUGGCUUCAUGCGCUACAGCGUCCACGGGGACGUGUCCCCCGUCAGCCUGCUCCACGCCGAGGACCACACGCUGGCCUUCAUCCCUCAGCAGGGCCUGGACGCCCUCUGUGCCGUGGAGAUCUCCAGCAAGGAGCUGCUGCUGUGCUUCAGCGCCAUCGGGGUGUACGUGGACUCGCAGGGCCGCAGGUCGCGGCAGCAGGAGCUCAUGUGGCCGGCCGUGCCCAUCGCUGCCUUGCUGUGUUUCAUCCAGCCGGACAAACUGGUGAGAAGUCCGAGCUGGGAUGUGUCAGAUGUCAGCGCUAACACUGAUAUGCGACCUCUGAAUGUGGACGGCUCUCUGAACCUGCUGGGGCUGGAGACCGUGCGUCUUAUCUACUUUAGAAACAAGAUGGCCGGUAAGAUCGCUCUCUGUGCCGUGUGA